GGAGUCUCGAGGGGUGUGUGAGGGGCGGGUGCGAGAGGGCGGGACUGGCUAAACCAGCCGCUAACUACUGUGUAGCGCUCGCAGGCCCAGAGCUUAGAGCCCUGGCUGGUAGCAAGAAUGGAAAGACUGCUAGCUGUUCGUUUCCUGCGCGGCAGCGGUCUGCUAAGAAGACAUUUUCCGACUUGCCUGAGGUCUUGGAAAGUUCCUCCUCAUGUCCUGAAAUCUUCCCAGGCUCUGCUGCCCUCUGCUCCACUUCAGACAUUCACAGAAGAUGAAGUGAUGAUGAAGAGCAUGGUUAAAAAAUUCGCACAAGAACAAAUUGCUCCUUUGGUUUCAACCAUGGAUGAAAAUGCAAAAAUGGAGAAAUCAGUAAUACAAGGAUUAUUUCAGCAAGGGUUGAUGGGUAUUGAAGUUGAUGCCAAGUAUGGAGGAACAGGAGCUUCAUUUUUUUCUUCCAUCCUAGUGACUGAAGAAUUAGCCAAAGUUGAUGCAUCUGUGGCUCUUAUGUGUGACCUUCAGAACACAGUGUUUAACAAGCUCAUUAUGAAACAUGGGACAGAAGAACAAAAGGCCACCUAUUUGCCUAAGCUGACUACAGAAGAUAUAGGAAGCUUUUGCCUUUCAGAGGCUGGAGCAGGUAGCGACUCCUUUGCUUUGAAGACCAGAGCUGACAAAAAGGGAAAUUACUAUGUUAUCAAUGGGUCAAAGAUGUGGAUUAGCAAUGCAGGAUAUGCCAAGCUCUUUGUGGUGUUUGCAAAUGUAGACUUUACUGCUAGCUAUAAAGGAAUCACCUGCUUCUUAGUAGAUCGUGAUACAGAAGGCUUUCAUGUUGGGAAAUCAGAAAACAAAAUGGGUAUCAGAGCUUCUUCCACCUGCCCAUUAACAUUUGAAAAUGUAAAGGUUCCAGAAGCCAAUAUCUUGGGAAAAGUUGGACAUGGCUAUAAAUAUGCCAUCGGAAUUCUUAAUGAAGGUAGAAUAGGAAUUGCUGCGCAGAUGCUGGGACUGGCCCAAGGAUGUUUUGACCACACGAUUCCAUAUAUUAAAGAAAGAGAACAAUUUGGCAAAAGAAUAUUUGAUUUUCAAGGGGUCCAACACCAAGUGGCUCUCGUGGCCACUCAGCUGGAAGCUGCGAGAUUACUAACCUACAAUGCUGCCAGACUUGUAGAACAUGGGAGGCCAUUUAUAAAAGAAGCAGCGAUGGCUAAAUAUUAUGCAUCAGAGAUUGCAGGGCUUACAACCAGUAAAUGUAUCGAGUGGAUGGGAGGAGUAGGCUAUAUUAAAGAUUACCCUGUAGAAAAGUACUUCCGAGAUGCAAAGAUUGGUUCAAUCUAUGAAGGAGCUAGCAAUAUCCAGCUGAACACCAUUGCAAAGCACAUCCACGCAGAAUACUGACACCGUCAGCCUGGGCCCCUCCCUGGUGUUCCUCACUUUAAACUGCUGUGCCUUGUUGGAGGAGGGAGGGAGCGUUUUAUUGAGGCCCCUUAGGCGUGAUCCUCGCGCUACACAUUUUCUCUUUCCGCUUUCCAGUCUGCUUAAGUUAAUCACAGGAAAUUAUUUCAAAAAUUUGAGAGGCAUGCACCCCUAUUUUCUCCAAAACUGUUUUUAAAUUUCUGUACAUAUUUAUAUUAUCAUCUAGUUUCAGAAUACAUGUAAGUUUCACUCUAUAAACAUUUGGAAAAAAAUUUAGAAAAAUGAAGACAUUUGAAGUAUUACUUAUAGAAAUAGUUCCUCAGGGGCUGGGGAUUUAGCUCAGUGGCAUAAGCGCCUGCCUUGCAAGAAGGCAGUCGUGAGUUCGAUCCCUGGUACCGAUAAAAAGGAAAAAGACAAAAAAAAAAGAAGUUCCUUUAUACUCCUUCUAAAUUUUUAUAUUAUGGUACCAAUCAGCCACAGUUGAUACAGUAGUCAAUUUUUAUUAAAUACCUUAUAGAUUUAACUGUUAAGUUCUAAAUGAGGUAUAAACUGAUAAAAAUUUAUUUGGAAAAUCUAAAACUUUUACUUGUGAAUAUCAGAAUGAAUGGGAAAUAAGAGUGUAACUUCGUAAUUCAUAGAAUUGAAAAAAACCAUUAUUUUAAUCAAGUAAAAUAAUAUAAUUUGUUGCUAUAAAUGGCCUGUGAAAGUUUUAAUUUCAUGAAGGUUUCAGCAGGUUACUUUUAAAAACAUGUCCCUGCAUUAGUUUUCAACUAUAAAGUUGGAAUAAUUUGGCUUAAUAAUCAUUGUGUUCAAUAUUGUAAUAUUGUUCCAUACUAUUUUCCACUAUUAUCCAUUGAAUGCCUCAAACUUCAUUCUUGAACUUCAUCAUGAAUAGUAAGUUCAGAAAUUAAGCUGUCUUUUUUUUUUUUUUUGAUACCAGGAUACUCAUGACCUACUGCUUGCCAGGUGGGCACUUACGCUGAGCUAAAUCCCUGGCUCAGAAAUUAGGUUUUAUUUCAGUGACUCCUGAGAGAGCAAGAUCUUGCCCCCAUAAGAAAUAUAUCAAGAAUCUCAUGAGAAAUGGGGGAUCAAAGGACAGUGUAGAGUUUGAAAAAAUAUACUCAAUAUUAAAAUAAUUUUAUGUUUAGGAUGACAAAUAUAAAUCUAUUGUUUUAUAAAACAAAUGAUAGAUUUAGUCCAACAAAUACAUAAUAGAGGUGCCAUUUCUUCAGUAUUAGGGUUUCUCAGUCAGGAAGAAAACAAAUCUUCUAGUACAGAGCCUGAGUCCUCAAAUGAGAGAAGUGGACAAUAGAUAAGAGAGAGUAUUCUGCAAAAGGGAGUGAGUUUGACAUGAAAAUGUUCCAAGGCCCCGUGAAAAUCAUCACUGCUAUUAAACAAGAAGCAUUUUAGUUCUUUAAUGAAAGGAUGUUUGUUAAGAAAACCUGACUUUCAGAGUAAUUUUGAUUUGCACAUUCAUGUUUAUUGAAUUGGCUUAAUUUUUACAAAGCAAAUCCUAGGUAAAUAUUCAAAAUUGUAUAAAUACAGUUAUGAUAGCAAUUACAUUAAAAUAUUAGGAAGAAAUAAGAACAGAUUUAGACCUUGGACCCAAAGAGAAAAAAUCCACUUAAUUUUCAAAUAGGAUGAUGAUGAGAACCCCUCAUUCAGUCUUUCAGAACCAAAAGACAAGAGUAAUCUGAUUUGAAAAAUAAGGAAUCGAUAAUGUGCCUUAAAGGGGGCCAGACAUCUUUAGUUUCUGCGAUUAUAUGGAAGAGGUGGGCUUUAUGGAUUUUGAAGUAGGAGUCAACAUUUGUAAACUGAGCACCAAAAUUUUCCAUAAUAAACCUCCUGUUCAAGUUUGCAACAGAGAGUCUUCCAUAUAUGUCUGAACCUUGAAUGUAUAUUUAAUAUAGACAGAUUUGUAAUUAUAUCUUCAUUUUGUGCAUGUUUACAAAAAACAGUCAAAAUUAAUAACUGUAUUCUGUUAUCCCAGCAUUUUGAGACAGCAAGCUAUGAGACACAAGUUCAAGCCCAGCUUGGGCAGUUUAGUGCAUUAGCAAGACCUUAUCUCAAGAUAAGAAAAUAAAAAGAACUGGGGAUGUAGCUUCGUCAAAGGGCCUGAGUUCAAUCCCAGAGCUGAAAAGGUUUUAAAAAAUAAUAUAGUUAAUAUAUAAUUAAUAUAUAAUAUGUAAUAUAAUUAAUAUAUGUUAGUAAAUGUUCAUGUUAAUAUCAAAGAAGAGUUUCCCUGUAGUCCUUCCAUCAUAGCUAUUCUGAUCACCAUGACUCUGGGGUUUUUAAAACUAUAUAUUGAGUUUGUGUGUUGUGGAGAGCCACACAUUCUUCUCCUGAAGUCUCUUGCUAUAAUUUGUUAAUUUCAGGAUUGGCUGUUGUGGGGCUCAGAAGAUGGAGAACUGUUUUUAUUCACAUUUGUAUGAAUGGAGCUGGUUUCAACCCAACUGCCAAGAAAGAAUUGUUAGAGUUUUCAUUUUACAACAGGAAAACGAAUUAGUGUCAAUGACUUCAGAAUCAUGCAAGACUUUUGAGCACUAUCCUGCCAAUUCCCUCAUUUUGAAAGUAAUUAAAGGAUUCUUGGUAUAAGUUAUUUUCCCAAGAUCCUGUAUCCAGAGUCAGAGACAACAGUUGAAAUGUACUGGCCUUCAAUUCGGUGUUCUUCCUGUCAUUAAAUAUUGCCCCUGUUCAACAGAUUCGGAGUUUGUCCUUGGUCAGUAUUGUUCAUUUCUUUGAGUUUUGGCUGGUAAAGAAUGAACAUUACAGAAGCAUUGUCACUGAUGAGUGUCAUCCCUUACAUGUAUCAAUCACUUGCUAAAAGUACUGCAUUGGCAUUUGUUGAGCUCUGUUAGGCUGUGUCUGAGAUGUCAAAUGCAAAAAUUAUUGUAUGCAAUUGUUUGUAUACAAUGGUUUGCACUGUGCUGUAUCCGACUGGUCUACUUUUGCUGAUCUGUCAUAAAGUGAAAGUUGUAUUUUAAUAAUAUAUAUUAGAUUAUAUUCAUUUUUAUGAAUCAAUAUUCUAUAAAGAAUAAAAAUAUAAAUUACUAAA